UGUAUUUAGUAGUUCAUUCAAUGUCACUCAUCGUACAAUCUUCAAUAGUCCAUUCAAUAGCUCGUAGCUUCGCACACAUCAUAAUCCGUAUACGUAAACGUACAACAAAUAAUAAUUCCUCCAUAUAUUGUCAAUAGUCUCUGGAUUAUUCAUAAACCGUAAUAUUAAUAGAACAUAGGCACAAGCUUACAAGGCAUUCAACGAUACGCAUAAAUUUAAUUCAGACUUUGGUAGAAUCGUCCAGCCGUAUACACGCCAAUUUUAAUUUAUUGAUUUCGUGCAGCCAUAGUCUGUGUGGUGGUAAUUUUAGUAAAAAGCUCAUUAAAAUGCUGUGCAAAGGUUCGAGGCGUUUGCCCCUUGGCAAAUUUAGAAGGUACGUUGGCUUUAACACCAAAAACCAAUUCAUGAGGGGUAAACCAGUGUUCUCAUGUACAGAAGUAUUGUACGAAAAAAAUGAAAAAACGUAUCCAAUCGUCCCAAUCCGUCUUUGUGCAAUAGUGCUUGAGAUAAUUAAUAAAACUACGGUGUGCCCUAUGAAGAAUAUCCCUGAUAAUUUAAGGUCAACUACUCGACUUCGGUGGAACUACAACUUUACCAACACACAAGAAACCGUUAACGAGGUCACAAUCUCUUUGGGAAUCCCAGCCAACUUGUCCACGCUGCCUGGUCUCUCUGCCAAGGCAUUCCACAAUAUCAACCCUAGAACCAUGCAAGCAUGUACCCAUGCGCGCUGGGCAUUGUUCAGGUAGAGCGCGCAAAUGCACGUUGGUCUGCCCGACAUAGCACGAAUCAUGGCACGCUGGGCAAAUAAAUGGCCUGUUUGGUUGGAAACAUUUCACCGAGCCGCACCCGCAUGUACGUCCGAGGUGGAUUUCACGGUGGGUCCAGCACAUCCACUAGCUGCGACCUCAUUCUCACACUCUCACCCGAAACCACUGUUCGAGGCGAGGACAAAAUCACACAAUCACGGGGAUCACACCCCUGCGCUGGCACAAGCUGCACCGGGACCACACAGGCACCCUCAUGGAAUGAUCCCUUCCGAGAUUUAAAUAAACUUUUUGAUGACACA